AUGUUGCAAGAAUUUCCAAAUAACGUGGGCGGUGGCGGCGAGGAGUGGGGGUUUGAUAUCUGGCAAAAACAAAAUGCGGAAAGCUUUAUAGGGAUACAAUGGAAAGACCUCACAUUUAAAAAGCCUUCCAUUAACACGCUAACCUAUCCUACUCUUUUUUUCUUUCAUCUUCCUCGCCUUCUUUCUAUAUUUCCCUCUCUCUACCUAUCCCUCUUCUUUCCUUCUGCCCAUCUCCCUCACAAUCUAUUCCCUAUCCGGCUUAGUUUUCUUCUCUCCCCUCUGCCUCUCUCUUCGAUCUUUAUUUUCUCUAUUCCCUCUCUCCUUCACUCUAUCCCUAUUCUACUCGCCUCUUCCUCCAACUCCCUCUCUCUACUUGUCCCUCUUCUUUCCUCCAUCUCUAUAUCCCUCACAAUCCAUUCCCUAUCUCCCAAUCCGAUUCAGACUACUUCUCUCCCUUCUCCAUUCAUCAUCUAUUUUUUCUUUAAUCUCUCUCUCUCUCUCUGUCUUUCUCUCCCAGUAAUACUGUUAAUCUUUCUCACUUCUUUUUCCCCUUUCCAUGCCUGUAUUCAGUCCCAUAAUCUCUCAAUCUUUCUUCCCUAA